GUGAACGAGAGCGAGGCAGACGGUAUCACACUUUCCCGUGUCAGUGCGGAUCGAGUGGGAACGUCGCAGCUGUCUCCAUUUUAUUAAAACAACUGAUUCACGUUUAAUGUUUCUACUAAAUGUAUACGACAUGGACAUCCUCUAGAGUGAUCGGAAUGUAAGAAACUCGGAGAAGGACCGCUUUCAGGGGAAUUCUAAGCCAAAGAGUUCGGGAGGAUUACGCAAAGUGACGCUGCCGGAGACAUUGAGUCUUACAUAAAACUAAUGGGUCAUCUAAUCUUUGGUCGUGAAUAUGCUUUAUUCGGAGAAAUCAAGAAACUCAUCAUCAUCAGCACCGAUGUCGAUGUGUGAAAAUCAUCUUUCAACUUUUUCUCUCGUCGGUUGCUCACUUGUUUGGAGACUCCUGAUUUCAAAACAAACCCCAGCGAACUGAUUAUUUUGAAGGCAUAAGUUAUACGUUUGUAUCUUUUUUUUACCUUACAGCCUUACAUGAAGACAUUGCUAGAUGUGUUAGGUAGUAAGCAGUGUUUAGUUUAUUUAGUUUAUUUUUUUAUUUUUUUAUUUGUUGUUGUUUUUUUGCUUUACCGGGAAAUGAGCCGCCAGUCAUGUAACUUGGGCGUUUUGUUGGGCCUAGCAGUGUGUGAAUGGGAACUGAAUAGUGUUUAAAAACAUUUUAGACUUUGGUCUCGUGGUUAUUUUUUUCAGUAUUCGUAUGACGUUAAAGAUGGUGUUUUUGUGAAGUAACUAAAGUAGGACUAUUUGUUUUUAAUGUAGCCUGGAUUUCACCAAAGCUUUCAAUCGAAGCCCUAUACGUUGUACUUUUGUCCGCUUUCCUAAAAAUCAUUAGCAUUUUUAUGCGGUGUAGCAGACAAUGGAUGCUGGGAUUCAAAACCACACCGAACACUAUGUGCACGACCUCUCAAACCCGACCGCGCCGGGAUUGUGUGCGGAAAUGCUCGGGGUUGCGGACGAGGCGUGCCGGGCCGGAGACUUCGAUCUGGCCGCGGAGAUCUAUACCUCUCAGCUCGCCGAGCUCGAGCACACUGACCGUGGCCUCUGCCUGCGGAAAGCGGACGCUCUGGCCCGCGGGGGACGCAUAGCCGACGCGCUCGACUCGUACUGCAUCGCUGCAAAUCUCCAGGAACUGAGACCUGAUGAGCUGCAGAUUUUAGUCGAAGUUAUAGCACGUACGAUCCGCAUUAAAGAGCAGUGUGACAGUAAGGCAAUAAGCGUGGCUUCCAGCUCAGAAAGCAGGUAUUUUGAGAGUGACGAGUUAGACGAUGAACAGAACUUAGACUUGUUUUCGUGCUGCCUUUGCAAGUGUUUAUUGACGGAACCGACGUCCUUGGUGUGUGGACACACUUUCUGUAAGCGCUGUCUGGAAGAUGACCUCACGAAAGAGUGCAGGAGCUGCCGCUCGAAACCCAACAAAUCACCCAGACAGUUUUCUGCGGACGGACUCCGAGUGAACGUUAUUAUAAGUGGCUUGAUUGAAAAAUGGUUCAAUUCGGAAAGCAAAGCGAGGCGAUACUGGUUGGAAGGGGAAGGUCUUUGGAAGAAACAGGACGUAUCCAACGCAGUACUGAAGUUCAACACAGCGAUUGAACUAGAGCCCUGUAUAUAUCAGCUCCUGGCUCGGCGGGCAGAGCUGCUUAUGGAAAUGAAGAAUUUUGGCCAAGCCAUCAAGGAUGGGGACGCCAUGUGUCAACUUCGUCCCCAGUGGCCAAAGGCGCACUACAUUAAGGCUACAGCGUUUAAGAGCGCUGGCCGCAAUGAGGAGGCUCUACAAGAGUAUUUCUACUGUUUGGCUCUGAAAUCUGACUGGAUCGCUGUAAAACUGGAGGCCCAAAAGAUCUUGAGUCACAUGUUCUCUUCGGUCUUUGCAAAUGAUGGUCUGGCCACGUCCAUGCAGCCCCUUCCAGCAGGACCCUCCUCUCGUAUCAAACCUUCAUCACUUCUCAGCUCUCUUCACUCCUCUCUUCCUAGAGAUGGAGCCAGGGCAGGCUGCUCCAAGGUUAAUGAAUCAACAAUCAGUUGCAGCAAGUUCAAAGAUGGGAACUCUUCUGUUUCACAAAGAUCUGAAAACGCAAACUCUGGCCUGUGUUCACUUUUUGUUCAACCAGUCCUCAAAAGGAAAUGGACAGAAGAUGCUAAGGCCUUUGAGCCACCCAGUAAACAGCUUAAAGAAGAUAAGGCAUCUUCAUGUAAAACCCUUCCUACCUUUUCUGGGGGGAGGCAAGUUCAAUCACAGCUUUUGGACAGUGCAGACUUUGAAUGUUCUCUCUGCAUGAGACUGUUUUAUGAGCCUGUCACUACACCCUGUGGACACACGUUCUGCCUCAAGUGUUUGGAGCGCUGUUUGGACCACAACCCUAACUGCCCCCUGUGUAAAGAGAACCUCUCCGAGUAUCUGGCGACUAGAGCAUACAACAAAACAUUUCUAAUAGAAAAACUAUUGCAGCGCUUCUUUUCUGAUGAGCUAGCAGAAAGGCGAAAAGUACAUGAAGAAGAGAUGAAAGAAUUGUCAAACUUAAACCAGGAAGUGCCCAUCUUUGUUUGCACUAUGGCAUUUCCUACUAUUCCCUGCCCACUGCAUGUGUUUGAGCCUCGAUACAGGCUUAUGAUUCGCAGAUCUAUGGAAACGGGAACCAAACAGUUUGGCAUGUGCAUUGCUGAUGAACUAAAAGGGUUUGCAGACCAUGGCUGUAUGCUGGAGGUGAGGGAUGUCAAGUUUUUUCCUGAUGGACGCUCUGUGGUGGACACCAUAGGCAUUGCUCGUUUCAGAGUGCUCAGUCAUGGCCAGAGAGAUGGAUACCACACAGCCAAGAUUGAAUAUUUGGAGGAUAAAAAGGCUGAAGGAGAGGAGUUGACAGAGCUUCUGAAGUUGCAUGACUCUGUGUAUGAUCAGGCUUUGGGCUGGUUCACCUCCCUUAAAGAUGACAUGAAGAACCAAAUCAUCAGCCACUUUGGGCAGCUGCCUGUCAAAAACUCUGAUCCACAGGAUAAUCCCAAUGGUCCUGCGUGGUGUUGGUGGCUGUUGGCUGUGCUACCGCUGGAAAACAAGGCCCAGCUGACCAUCCUCGCCAUGAAUGCUCUUAAAGAUCGGCUGAUCGCCAUACGCAGGGUCCUCAUUUUUGUAACUCGUAAGCGCCCUCGAUGAUAAAUUAGGUCUUGAUCUAAAUGAGAUCAUCUACAUCAACCCAUAGUAUGAUUCAGGAAUGCUGAUUUAGGCUGGAGUCCCUGAGGUUUCUUCCAGCGGCCAUCUUCAUUGUAGCACACAACCCUCACUAGUUACUCAACUGUCAUGUUCAGUGAAGAAGAAAAAAAAAUAAAAAGCAUCUAAAUGUUAAUUUAAGAUCAUCAGUUAGCAGUGGUGAGCUAAACUGUAGUCAUGCUAUGAAAGAGAUGAUCACUAAUGGCCUACGUUAGGAAGUUCUCAUUUAGUUCAGGUGCUGUCAGACCAGUUUAACAGUAGCAUCAAACAUGGGAAACAGUGGGAGGUUUUUUUUAAGCAUGUUCGGUCUUUUGGAAAUAACACCUCUGUUUUGUGCCUAGAUAGUAUGACUGACCAAAUGCUUCUCAUGGGCUUGCAAAUAUCAAAACUGGCCUUAUUGUGCAUUGGUGAAACUAAAUCCACAUGCUUCAGUUUGGAAAUGAGCAGUCACUUCCAUAUUGUAAAAGAUGAUUAAAAGAAAAAAAAAAAUCUUACAUAAUUUAAUAUUACACGUACUGCAGCCCUGCUUUGUCUAUAUAUUUUUCUUAUAUACACAUUUAGAUGUCUGGUUCGUUCAGAAACCGUAAACUGUCAGAAAUUAUGACAUUUUACAGACAUCAAUUUAAUUUUCCCCCAUGGGUUUAAAAGGACACACACUCCUACCUUGAAUACAGCCUUAAUGAUAUUUAGUAACAACGACAGGUGUUGUUUUUUAUAUUUCAAGGGAAUGUUUGUGAUUUUUGUCAUGAGGUGAAUAUUGAUUGGAGAAAUGUAAACAUUCAAAAUGAGUAAUUUGUGAACUGGAGCCAAAUUGUGUGAAGUCCUACUAUCGAUCAUGUUUAAACGAGCGCCAAUUUUUAUGUGUGACAUGUAAUGUACAUGUAGAGUGCAAUGUGUGGAUGGGUGGCUUAUGUCUAUAUGAUAAUCUUUAUAGACUAUAAGAGGCCUUUGAGCAUUCACACUCAUUUUCUUAAUUGUUAUUUUCUCUGUGAUUUGCAUGUCUUGUGUAUUUUCAUUAUCAACCUUUUCCUGUGCAAAUUACUACUUAAAUGCUGCAUUUUUGAUGUAAAUUUGUAAAUCAAUAUGAAAUAAAUCCUAUUUUAUAUUUUAAAGCAAAAA